AUGCCCAGGAGGUGUACUCCAGUAGCUCAAUGUCAGUGGUGUGAGAGCUCAAAUCAUCUGGUGGAGGACUGCCAGGCUAUGCGGGAGUCCUCUACACCCAAGGAGCAGUUGGCCUUCAUUGCCAAUGCGCGGCGCCUCGAUCCAUACAGUAACACAUACAAUGAAGGGUGGCGCCAACAUCCCAACUUCUCUUGGAAUAGCAACACCACUAAACCACCUGGUUUCCCUGCACCAGCUGGUGGUUUUCAGCAGAGGCAGCCCCACAGCAGCAGCCCUACCAGCCUAGGCAGGGGUAACCAUUCCAGCAGCCCCAGCGUCAGUAUGCCGAGCCAGCAGCAGCUCCGGCUCUAG